AUGCUGCCACGUGUCAUCCAUGCGUGUUUCCGCCAGCUGGCAGUGGGCGCCAAGGUGGACUUGCCGGUGUGGAUGGUGCCGGCGCUAGCGAAGCGAAACAUGGUGUCGGCCUUGGAGCCCAGGAUGUUCGGCGAGAGGAUUCGGAAGGAGUUGCAAGCAGACGCUGCGUGUGUCAAUCUCCGUGCCUGUUCGCCCUACUACUAUUCCUUGGGCACCAAGAUUGCUCCUUGGGUGCGGGACAAGACGCUCACGCGCUUCCUGUUCACCACCUUUGUGGAGCGCUACGCUGACCUGCUCACACGCGCGUUUGUGCUCCCAGAGAAAGAGGUGCCUCGCGUGCGCCGCCUGCUGCCCAAGGAAGAGCAGCAAUUGCUGUCUGCAGGGUAUGCAGCCAUGCGCAGGUACACAGCAUGGCAGGAGCAGAGCUGUAACCGUCUGCUGGUCUCUCCCAUUCUUGGGCGCAGCCUCUCUCGCAAGCGUGCCAGGCUGCCAUUUGCUGAUGUGAGCAACAACAAUGGCAACACUAGUGCCAGCACUGAUGGUGGAGAACGAGAGAAGGGUGCAGGAUGGGGAGGUGGAAGCACAUCAAGCAGUGGCUGGGGUGCUGGUUCUGUAGGAGACGGGUAUGAUGGGCGACCUGUCGUAGGCCUGGUGCUGCCAAACCUGGACCUGACAGGCUCGGUGACGUCAUCAUUGGCGAACCUGACAACAUUGGCGGCCAUAGUUCUCAAGAACAACAACUUAAGCGGCUCCAUUCCGGAUUCCCUCACGUCCUUAAGCCAGCUCACCCUGCUUGACGUCAGCAACAACCGCCUGUCCGGCCCUUUGCCUGCAUUCCCCCCCCAAGUCGAGGUGGUUACCACUGGUAACAGUUUUGGACCGGAACCAACACCAGCUCCGUCCUCCGCCCCUUCCCCACCGCCCGCCCCCUCUCCUGCCGCUCCUUCCUCCUCUCCACCUUCUUCCCCUCCCCCUGCCCCAUCCUCCUCCCCCGCUCCCCCAUCUGGCCCCACUCCCCCGUCCACCUCCCCCCCGUCCUCCCCCCCAUCCUCACCCGCGCCCCCAUCCUCCCCUUCCCCUGGAGUCCCAUCCCCCCCUUCCGCCCCCUCCCCAUCCGCAUCAGAGGCGCCUGGGGGAGCUGGUGGGGGGACGGGUGCAGGGGCAGGGCUGGUGGUGGGGGUGGUGGUGGCGGCAGCAGUGGUGGCGCUGGUGGCGGGGCUGGCUGUGGGGUGGUGCUGCUGCGUCCGCCCAGGCAAGGGCAAGAAGCUUCCCCAAACGGCCCCCCACCCCGCCACCUCCUCCGUAAACCCUUUGGCAGCACCUGGACCGCCAGCAGCCGGAGCAGGAGGAGCAGGAGGAGAGGGAACAGCAGAAGGAGCAGGAGCAGGAGCAGGAGCAGGAACAGGAGCAGGAGGAGCAGUGAUAGCGCAUGCGCGGUUGGCACUGGGAGGGGGGCUGACAAUGAGCAUAGAGGUGAUUCGCCGGGCAACGGGGGGCUUCUCCCCCAGUCACGUGGUGGGGAGGGGCGGGUUUGGCACGGUGUACCGGGGGGACAUGCCUGAUGGGAGCACAGUGGCCGUCAAGAGGAUGGAAGCAGGACCCGUCACUGAAGCAGGCACUCGAGAGUUCUUGGCGGAGGUGGGAGUGCUGUGCAAGGUGCGACAUCGCAAUCUGGUGGCGCUGCUGGGCCAUGUUAUGGACCACCACGAGCGCCUGCUGGUCUUUGAAUACAUGCACCUGGGCCCGCUGAGUCAGCAUCUCUUUGACCCGACUCGCCACGGCCACCGUCCGCUGACGUGGACGGAGCGGCUGGUGGUGGCGGUGGACGUGGCGAGGGGCGUGGAGUAUCUGCACAGCCUGGCGGGCGGGCGUGACUCCAUCGUGCACCGCGACUUAAAGCCCGCCAACGUGCUUCUGGACAGCCGGCGCCGUGCCAAGGUGGCCGAUUUUGGCCUGGCGAAGCUAUUGCUGCGACCGAUGCUGCCGCCCGGCGGAGGAUCAGGGAGGGAAGGGGGGUGUGGCAGAGGGAUGGAUUCGGAGAUUGCUCCGUCAGUUGAGACGCGACUGGCUGGCACGUUUGGGUAUCUGGCGCCGGAAUACGCAGCCAUGGGUAGAGUGACAACACGCUCGGACGUCUACAGCUUUGGCGUUAUCCUCAUGGAACUGUUCACUGGCCGGCGAGCCGUGGACACAUCCCGGCCUGAUCUGUCAGCGCAUCUAGCCACGUUCCUCCUCCCCAUCAUCCCCGACCGCUCCAAGCUUGCCCAGGUGGUGGACCCUGCCAUAGCAGCAGGCAUGGCAGACCACGCCAGUCAGGCGUUUGCCUCGCUGUGCAAGGUGGCAGAUCUGGCGCUGCACUGUGUGGCUGCUGACCCGCGCCAGCGACCCUCCAUGACAGACGUGGUCACGGUGCUCGCGCCACUCGUCAGAACCUGGGCCCCUUCGGAGGUCGUUCAUGCACAGCAGCAGGGGGAGAGUGACACGAUGGGGAUGACCCUAGAUGUGGCAGUGCAGUACUGGAAGAGCCUUGAUGAGCAGGGAUCAUCAGGCAGCUAUGGUUACACGUACGGAAGGAGCCAGGAUCACAAGCACAGUGUCAUGACAACAAUGAUUCUGGUAGUGACGUGGAAUCGCCUGUGGCCUCUGUUACUUGUGGCGGCUUGUUCUCGUCCGGAGGUCGCGACCAGCAAGCAAGGGUGGAGCAAGAGGAUCAUAUACUGCUGCUGUCAUCACGUGCUGGAGGGAAAGCGAAAGGAGAGUUAG